GACGAACGUACGGCGACGUUGCCAUUUCGCGCACCGCCCAUUGGCCCCACGAUAUGUACAUACGUAUACGUGCGUAUACGUCUCGGUCUCGACUAGGCCCAUUACGGCGGUAUUUGUUAGUAUUCGUUGUUACGUUUUCGCGAACGUGAAUAAAUGACUAAACGGAGAGUGUGGUGAAUGUAGAGUGUACGACGCACGUGUCGAUGGAUCGCACGAUAAUUUGACAGGUCGCGCGGAUCGCCGCAACUGCAUCAUUUUUCGUCGACUCUCUCCUCGACCAGCGAUACUGUGCGCGUCACAAUUUCUAUCUAUCCCCGGGGAGCAGUAACGUUAAAACUCGGCGCGAAUUGUCUCGCGAUCUAAACGAGCAACUUUAAGCGACUCGUCUAUACAUCCGCAUACAUCUCGCUCGAUCGCGUAUCGAUCAACGCGAAGAAAAUGAUGCAGCCGCUACUAAUGGUCGUGUAGUAUAGUGCGCGAGCGCGAUACUCUACGGUACAGAGUACACAGUGACGGGCGUCGCGUGCGUGGCAUGUGCGCGCGUGUGUGUACGCGUACAUGCCAUUUUUUUCUCUUUUUCUCUUUAUACAUAUAUGUGACUCUGUGCGCGGCACGUACGGGAGCUAAAGCUAACGGAGUCGCGUCGGGCGAAAACUCGUGUAAUGAUGCGUCGCUCGCUUUACCCGCUUGUACACGUGAAAACGCACGAUAACGCGUGCACAGUUCCGUUUUUAUCGACUCGCGUCAAGUCGGCUCCUUGCGAUCAGCGUGCUUUCCCGAUUGGGAAAAUGACGCGUGUCUUCCCAUAAUUACUCGCAACGGUGCGGAAAUUGGACCAGUAGCGACAACGUGGUGGCGUUGGCAUUUGGUGCGGCGUAACAAGCAGUGUGUAUGUACAUCUUGCGCGAGGAAACACGUGUUUAUUUUCCAAGUUAGGUGGAGUCCCAUGUUCAAAGUGGGUGGAGGCUGCAUCGCGAGUCAGCCUUCCCCGUUAUCACGGAUAUCGCGUAAGAGCGCAAACGAGCGGCGAGUGGGCGGAACGUCGAAACGAGAUUCUUUGUUCGUGGCUACAAGAAAAUCGCCAACAUACAUAGUUGUGUAUUUAUUGCAUUAUGGAUUCCUAGCACAAUUUGACGAAAUGGCAUCAAAUCCAUUCUUGUAAAUCUUAUACAGCGCAAAACAUACAAUUGUUCAUCAUGAAACGAAGUCUAGAUGGAAGAAACAUUUCACAAGAAGAAAUCGAAGAGCAUGAUCCUUUGCAAACACAGUCGCAGCAACAAGAUGAUGCGGAUCAACAACAGUUGGAGCAGCAACAACAGCAGCAAACUGCUCAAUCACAAAUCCGUUUCUUAAAUGCAAAUGUAUUACAACAAUUGCAACAGCAAGAUGUUCAACAACAAGCUCAACAGCAGCAGCAGCCGCAUGUUAUUACCCUGCAGAACUUUGUGCCUUUACAAGCUCAACAAUCGCAACACGAUCAACAGAGAGCGCAAGCAAUCUCUGUUCAAUCGCUACCUCAUCAAUUCUUGCAAGGUGCCCAAAUUAUUAGCGCUCAGGCACAAACAGCUCUUCAACAACAACAACAAAGUCAGCAACAAUCGCAGCAGCAACAGCAACAUACCCAACAACAACAGCAACAGCCGCAACAACAACAGCUCAGUUAUAGUGUAAUCCCACAAAUGCAGACCGUCAAUAUAGACGGUCAGGAAGCUCUAUUUAUUCCAUCCUCUGCAAUGUCCGCAGCAGGCGGUCAUCACCAAACACAGCCAACAAUGCAAUUUGCUACUGCAAAUGGCCAACAAAUGCAACUUGCCGGUCAACAAGUGCAACUAGCGAAUGGCCAGACUAUUAUCACGCCACAACCAGUUAGUCUCAUAAGAGCACCUAAUGUCUUUCCCACUUCGAUUAUACAAAAUAUCACAGGACAAACGGUACAAUUGCCGACAGGUCAAAAUGUACAAGUGAGACCACUUCAAUUUCCUAUGCAGCAUGUUCAGCAAACAGUCCCUGUGCAAGUACCGGUCACUGCCACCAAUGGACAAACUGUUUAUCAAACUAUACACUUUCCCGUUCAAGCUUUGUCCAACGUUUUAAAUAUGCCCGCGACACAAAUGAUACCCCAAAUUAUGCAACAAAUACCUCAAGUAGCGCAGAUAAUUACACCAAGUGGUCAGAUCCAGCAAGUGCAAAUUACAAACUUGCCGCAGUUACAAAGUCUUCAGAGUCAACAAGUAACACAAGUAGCUCAGCAAGUUGCGCAUCAACAAGCGCAACAGCAAGUCGUCCAACAACAAACUCAACAACAAGUAGUACAAUCUGUUCAACAGCAACAACAAGUUGCCCAAGCUCAAGUGCAACAGCAGCAGCAGCAGCAGGUGCAACAGCAACAAGUACAACAAGUAGUGCAACAGGUGAUACAACAGCAACCACCACCAUCGCAACAACAACAACAAUCACAACAACAACAACAACAACAGAUGCAACAAUCUUCUGCUCCAUCGUCAACAGUAGCAACUUGGAGCACAACAGUUGCGAGUCCUAGUAACGUUCAGGUACUCGGCAUAAGUGCAUUGGGAAGAAGUAUAACAGGAAAUACCAAUGUUAUUACCACAAAAGAUGGUCAGAAGAUUGAUGUGCAAACAUUAUCUACUUUAACAAGGCCGCCAGAAACAGUAGACGGUGACAUUAAAGUAACAAAUAUCGAUGCAAGUCAACUUGCCGGUGGACAAGUAAUACAUAUCCCUGCUGCACAAUCGGCCCAACCUACAGUGCAACCUAUUACGAUUACAGGAGCGCAAGGACAACAAUUAACACUUAUUCCUGCAUCUGCAUUGGCAAAUUUAACUGCGCAACAGGGUAACAUGAUGAGAAGCGUAAGCAACGGAAGCAUAAUGCAAAUUCAGCCGGCCACUGGAAUAAACGCAACCAACGGUUUUUUACAAUCGAUACCUGUACAAAAUAUCCCAGGUUUAGGCAAUGUACAAGUAAUACCGGCAAGCGCAUUGCAACCUGUACCAACCGCUACGGUCCAAACAUUACCCGCUACUGCGGCUACACCUAUCGUUGCGGCUGCACCGACCGUACAACUUGAUUCAAGCGAUCCUACCAAAUGGCAAAUUCUCCAAACUCUUCAAUCGAAUGGAACUUUGACAACAUCCGCUACUCCUAUAUCUCACCAACAUCAGGUAUCCAACGCGGCAAAUUCCAAUACUGACACAGAUACUAAUAAGCAGCACCGCAGGAGAGUUGCAUGUACGUGUCCUAAUUGCGGCGAUGGAGACAGAAAUAGAGAUAUGAGCAGAAAGCGCCAACAUAUAUGUCACAUUGCCGGCUGCAAUAAAGUAUACGGUAAAACGAGUCACUUGCGUGCUCAUUUACGUUGGCACACCGGCGAACGACCAUUCGUCUGCAGUUGGAUAUUUUGCGGUAAAAAAUUUACCAGAUCCGACGAACUUCAAAGGCAUCGUAGAACUCACACUGGCGAAAAACGCUUUCAAUGUCCAGAAUGUACUAAGAAAUUUAUGCGAUCGGAUCAUUUAACGAAACACAUUAAAACACACACGAAGAUACGGAGUACGGAAGCUGCUACUUCGACACAGGAAGGAUCCUCCGACAGUCAAUCUUCCACCGAGCAGAAAAUUAUUAUAGUGCACAAAGAGACGGAACAGUCUGAAAUUGUUAUCUCGGAACAAAUGGAAAAUAUGAAAAACGAAUCAACGAAUCACAUAACAAAUGAAUAAAAAUUCCAUCAUAUUAUGCGAGAUAAUUCGAUAUUAUUUAUGAUAUAAUACAAAUCACAAUCUGCUGUUGUUAAUAAUAAUAAUGACGAUACACACUCUCUGAUGAUUCCACAAUCUCUGUCUUAUUCAAGAUUCAUUACGAAAGAAAGAGAAAAUCAUACUCAUUAGAGAAAGCUAAAGGUCGUCAAUAAUAUCAAGCAGAUUCUGAUGUUUGAAAAUUUUAGAACAAAAUUAAAUUAACAUUGUUAUGUGCAUGCACAUACGUACAAAAGUGCAUUAUAUAAAUAAUAUUGAAAUUAAUAUUAUAUUAUGGUUGCAGACACAAAUAUCAUGGUCCGGAACUAUUUGCUCUAUAUAAGAAUAAUAUGAUACAAUAUAGGAAUUAUAGAUAUAAUACUAA